AUGUGCCAUGAAAACAUCUUGUCUGACAUGUUGAAAUGGUCUCAAAUGUAUAAGGAGAAUGAUGAUCAUGUCCAUGAAGAUGUUGAGGUUGAAACAGUUAUAGCCAAUGAUGGUAUUGUUAAUAACCAUGAUCAUGAAGUAGAAAAUGUGGAGACAACGUGUGGAGAAGUGAUAAGUAAGGAUGGAAACUUACGUAUGGUUUGUUCUGUUAAUAGAAAGAUGGAAGUGAAAAGUGCCUAUCUCAUUAAGUACCUAAAUUUUGAAGUCAAUCAGAAUGUCAGUAACUAUGCCACUGACAAGUAUGGUAUCAUUAAGAAGGGUGAGUAUGUGGAAGUUGAAGACCUUCCUUUUGCCAAUAUAAUGAACAGAAUCAUAGAGAAUUUAAUGAAUCCCCAUGAUAAGGCCACUCAAGAAAAGGAGCAUGUGAUGAUUAAUAUGAAUGACAACAUUGAUGAUUCUAUCGACGCUAACGAGGGUUUUAUCCCUAAGAACAAUGAUGUUCAUGAAGGGUAUGAGCCAGUCAAUAAAUGUGUUACUAAAGAUGUUGGUCUUUGGAAAAUGUUUGAUAAGAAGUCAAGGAAAAUGGUUGAUAGCAAUAAGAUUCCAACAAAUAUUUCUAUUACUUCCUUAUACAACAUGUCUUUCCAUUAUGAGAAAAGAGUCCUGAAGUAG